CCAUGCGAUCUUCUCAUUUUCGGGUUCUCCGCGGAGGUUCCGGCGGGAUGGAUCGAUAUAAAGCACCAACUUCCCAUAACUCCAGCAGCUCGCUAUCACUAGAACUUCUGUGCUUUCUGAAAGAGGCUCUUCAUCUCCAGUCAAGUAUCUCCAAAACUCCUCCAGACUAGUUGGUCCUCUUCCUAUCGGCAACGGCAUAUCCCCACAAUGACCCCCAUUGCCAUCACCUCCAUUCCGUACACAUUGUACCAUGGCACGUUCGUGCACACUCCGUCGUUGGACCAGCUUGAGCUCAAGUUCAACGCGUUGGUAGGCGUCAACUCCGAAGGAGAAAUCGACUUCGUCCACGACGAGUAUACCCUGGCGCUAGCGCCAGUGGAGUUCUUCAAGCAAUCAUAUCCAGACCACCACAACUAUACCACUAUCGAGUUCGUGGAUUACACUAAAGACCCCACCAAGUUCAUCGUCCCAGGAUUCGUGGAUACCCACAUCCACGCGUCCCAGUACCCCAAUGUGGGGGUUGGUUUGGGAACCCCAUUGUUGGACUGGUUGCACUCCUACACGUUCCCACUUGAAAACAAGUUCUCCGACUUGGACUUCGCCACCAAGAUCUACACCAAGAUCAUCCAAAAGACCAUCGCCUCGGGAACCACCUGUGCAUCGUAUUUCACCACCAUUGAUCCCAACAGCACCAACGCAUUUGCGGAUUUGCUUCUUCAAUACGGGCAGAGAGGUUUCGUGGGGAAAGUAUGCAUGGACCACAACGACACCUACCAUGCGUACGAAGAGGACUUCGCUUCAGCAAAGGAAUCAAUGGAUAAAGUCAUCGCUCAUAUCGAGAAAGUCAAUCCUGAGGGCCAGUCUUUGGUUACUCCCAUCAUCACCCCGCGCUUUGCACCUGUCUGUAGCAGAGAGCUCUUGAAGUAUUUGGGGGAAUUGAGCGCCUCCAGAAGCCUCCCAAUUCAAACCCAUAUCAGUGAAAAUAAGAAGGAAAUCGAGUUGGUACGUGAUUUGUUUCCUGAAUGCAAGGACUACACAGAUGUUUAUGACCAGCACAAGCUUUUGAACCAAUCGACAAUUUUGGCCCAUGCCGUUCAUUUGACGGAGGACGAAAGAACUGUGAUCAAGAACAAAAACUGCUCCAUUAGUCACUGCCCCACGUCUAACACUUUCAUUUCGAGUGGUGAAGCUCCAAUCAAGCAAUACCUCUACAAGGAUCAAAUCAACGUGUCUUUGGGUACGGAUGUGAGUGGGGGCUUUGAUCUGAGUAUUUUGGGAAUAGUUAAGCAGAGUAUUUUGGUUAGUCAUCACGUUGCGAUGACUGAGAAGGACUCCUACCACCAACUUCUGUUGAAGGAUGCCAUUUUCAUGGCAACUAAGGGUGGAGCAAUAGCCGUGGGUUUGGACAACACUAUUGGAAGUGUUGAGAAGGGAAGGAAGUUCGACAUGCAAUUGAUUGACUUGAGAAGCUACAACUCUAAUGCUGAUAUUUUCGAAUGGCAACUUCCUUCACAGGAGGAUCUGAAGGAAGAAAGAGAACUCAAGAUGAUGAACUUGUUGGGUAAAUGGAUUUUCACCGGUGACGACAGAAACUGUGUCAAGGUAUGGUGUAAUGGUCGGGUAAUAUUAGAUAAAUCAGCGCGAGAUGAGAGAUGGGUAAUGGUAGAGCCAUCCACGUCCGCUUAAUAGAAUCGCGAUAGGUAGCAUAUAGACGAUACACGAAUUAUGACAAGCAGGGGCUGUAGAAAGUUGCGAGUUUGCACAAGGACUUCCACCAGAAUAGUAAGGGG